AUGGCAUUUGAGGUGUCGUACAACCUUGAGAAUGAGCAACAGUUCUGGGAUGAGCUCGAUGACAUAGUCUCGACACGAUGCCAGGAGGAAGAGAGUAUAGACAACUCUCUGCGCGCCUUUCUUAAUGUCACGACUAGCUACAAAUCCGAGUAUCUCGACACCGACUACAGCGUCGCAAAAUGUAUCUUCCGCGUACUAGAGGGCGAGCUGUUCAUGACACACAAGGAGUACGUGCGUCGGCAGAUGAUAUACUGCCUUUUGCAGGAAGAAGACAACCCUACGAUCUACAUCGUUGCCGCUCUCCUACUAUACGACGGCCGAAACAGUGGCGACGACGUCAUCUUCGAGAUGAUGCACACUGAGGGCAGUUUUCCAAGAUUAGUGGAGUUAGUACAACUGGAGAGCGUGCAAGAGGACACAAGAUUACACCAAAUGCUCUUGGAACUUCUGUAUGAAUCAUCGCGAGUACAAAGACUCACUUGGGAAGACUUUGCGGCGGUAAACGACAACUUCAUACUGUAUCUCUUAGGUAUCAUCGAGGGCGCCUCUGAUGAUGCCGAAGAUCCGUAUCAUUACCCAGUCAUUCGAGUUCUGCUGGUCAUGAACGAGCAAUAUUUGGUAGCUUCUACCAAUCAUCACAAAGACGGCCGUCCUCCAAUAACGAAUCGGUUAAUCAAAGCACUGUCCAGUCAUGGCAUGACAUACAAAACCUUUGGGUGUAAUCUGAUACUUCUCCUAAACCGAGAGUCGGAAACCUCUCUUCAACUUUUAAUUCUUAAGGUCUUGUACCUUCUCUUUGGCAAUCCUGCAACUGCUGAGUAUUUCUACACAAACGACCUGCACGUUUUAAUCGACGUCAUCCUCCGGAACCUAAUCGACCUUCCACACGACUCGCCCGCUGCCAAUGCUCUGCGACACACGUACCUUCGGGUCCUCUACCCUAUAUUGACGAACAGUCAAAUCAGCAAGCCGCCUCACUACAAGCGUGACGACAUUCUCAGGCUUCUCCACCUUCUCGUAACGAGCGGUAAUCACUUCGCGCCUGUAGAUGACACCACGCAACGGCUUGUCACACGGUGUACCAGCGUGCCAUGGUUGCAACCGAACACCCUGAGGAACGAACCUGGAUCCCGUAGUAAUGAUAGUACGACAUCGCCCAUCGACCAUAUCUCAAACGGUCAAAAGGAGCUGGCACGGCGGGCAUUGGGCAUGAGUGUGCAGGACGGGGGCGAAAGCUCAACAAGCGUUCUCGAGAUUGCAUCUCACACAGAAAAACCUGGAGUUCAAACGCCAAGUAUUACGCAUCCUGAACAGGCAUCCUAG